AUGGAGGCAGAAUCCCAGCAACUCUGGACAAUGCAAAGAUACGUUCUGAUUAGUAGCAUCCUAUCUCAACCGGUUCUACCCGCAGCCCUUUCCAUAUUUCCCCUCAUAUUUCAAUGCUGCAGAAGUGGUUUCCGACGCCUUAGUCCGCGGGUUGGCGACGCAACCAGCGCUGCACAGAGACCUUUUCCUCGAGCCCGCCAGCUUAUUAACUGGGAGAAACUGAACGCUCUCAUUGGAACCGGUGCCCAGGAGGUCGACGAUGAUGUAGAGGGCAAAAGUAGAAAGGAUGAGGUCGCCCAGAGAGCAGUAGCACGCAGCAAUUAUGAGAAACAUUGGCAGAUUCUACGACGACACUUUCGGCCAACUGAUCAAAAUAAAAAUGGAGCGAAGCAAUCGGGUCUGGAGCAGAAAAUUGAGAAUAUUGACUCGGCUCUUGAAAAAAUGAUGAAUUUCUGGCACAAUCAUCAACUGGCUUUCUACGCCACUCUAAAUAGUGAUAUUACACCGCAUACCUUAAAUCCACCGGUACCAUGGGAAGUGCCAUUUCCUGAAUACUCUCCUCUACGCUGGAGACCUAGUGGAGCUCUAAUCCCCGCUUGGCAAUUAACUGUCAAUGAGGCUUUUCUAGUAUGUCCUCUAGAAAAAAUACCUACCACCUCAAGUCGAAAUCUCCAGGGGGAUGUGAUUCAACAGGCACCAAAUCUGUUGGCUCCCUCUUCCCCAGAGGGUUCUUCUGAGUCCUCUCAAUUCCGAAACCCAGAGGGUCGAGUUGGUGUUUCUGGAAAAGGUCUUCUUCCACAGUUUGGUGGCAAUCCAGCCUGUAUCGUCGUUGUUGAAAAAGAGGUAGAAGGUGGUGGAAGAGAACUUCUUGUUCUCAAGGGUGUUCGUGCACAAUUUCAAUUUCCGUGGUUCCUCUGUCACCAUGAAAGGGAUUGCAAUCAAGUAUCCUGCUUCAAGGAUCUGGUGAGGGCAUUUUGUGAGCAAUUGGUAAGUGGAAAAUCGGAAUUAAAGGAUUCUCAGACCUUGAUGCGAUUCAUUGCCGGAUAUAUAAAGAAUGUACACAUCGGCGCCAUUUCCGAUCCGGUGAACUGUGACAGCGCGUGGCUCGACGCAACAGCAAUACAUUUUAGAAUAAAUGCAACUUUCUCAUCUGUUGAGGAACUCGAACAGAUCUUUACGAUGAAAGGAGGUAUAACAACUUGGGUCAAAGUGAAUGACACUCCGUUGUUAAGAAGCAGCCAUUUAGCAGCGCUACUAGCAGUCCAAAAUGGAUAG